AUGUACGAAGCGGAAAGCAGUGAUGAUGACGGAGUUGACGAGGAGGACGAAGUGUUUGCUAAAAUCUGUGAAGAUGAUAGGACAGCCGUUUUUGAAGUGGAUGACGACAUGGAGCCUGUCAAAAGGGAAGUUACUCAUUCGCGAGUCAAGAUGUCUGAGUUGGAAUCGUACGGCUCAUACUUCACUGAGUUCAUGAAUGGUGCUGACCCGAAGCGUCCCGAAGCUCAGUCCCUAUAA